AUUCAACCAACGACGUCAGGUACGGAGAACACGGACUUCGGAAAUCUCCAGCAUGCCUUCCGCGGCAGGUACAAAACGGGUUCGCGGAACCUCAAUCUUCCGACCAUUCAUCUUCGGCAGCGAAGCCCAACCCUUCGAUCCCGCAAAGAAACCGUCGAACGUCCCCGCAGACCACACACACCAGUGGCGCGUAUUCGUGAAAGGCGUCAACGGCGAAGACAUCUCCUACUGGCUGAAGAAAGUGCAGUUCAAGCUACACGAGACCUACGCGCAGAACGUGCGGACAGUCGAGCAGCCGCCCUUCGAAGUAACAGAGACCGGGUGGGGCGAAUUCGAGAUCCAGAUCAAACUGUACUUCGUGCCGGAGUCGACCGAGAAACCGCAGACACUCUGGCACAGUUUGAAGCUGCACCCGUACGGGCCUGACGCGGAGGCCCGCAAGGAGCGCCGCGAUGCCGUCAUCAGCCAGAACUACGAGGAGGUCGUCUUCAACGAGCCCGUCGAGCAGUUCUACGAUCUCCUGACGGGGGGCCCGGCCUCGGCGCAGCCCCAGAAAGGCAAGAGCGGGAAGAAUACCAAGCAAGCGCAGCAGCCACAGCGUGGGGGACGCACGGCUGAAAUCCCGCUGCACGAGACCAAUGAGAAUCCCUACAGCAGGGAUACGGAGCGCAAGGAGAUGGAUCGGCUGGGGGAUGCCACUCGCACGGUCGAGCAGAUGAUCAAGGAGGAGAAGCAGCGGUUGGUUGAGCGCGAAAAGAGGCUAGCUGAGUUGCGCGAAAGCGAGGGCGUUCCGGCCCACACAAAGAAGAGAUAGUGGCUACUGUGGACGCCCUUGUUGCGUAUUUCUGGCCGUCACGAACCCGAAUGCGCGCUUCUCUCCCCCCUCCUUCCUCCUCCCGACUGCUGCCAUAUAUACCCGUGCUACCCAUCACCGGCGCACUCCAACCCCGAGGGAUCUUCGUUCCCAGGAACCCAGCGCGCAAAAUGCGUGAGCAUUCCACAUACUACAAUCGCUAGGAAGCCGGUCUUCCCAACAACCACGAGAACAUCUUCUCCAAGCAGUUUGUGUCUCUCCCAUGAUACCACUGUCCCGGCAUCUUUUGGGAACCGUUCCACGCAAGGAGCGCGAGAAUCAAUCACCUGCCAUGCCCUCUGUGGCACCAAUGUCGAUCAACAAAUACGAUUUGCCAUAGACCAUGCAGGAUCAUUCAUAGUUUCGCUCGGAAACCUAGAAUACGAAAAUACACAUAUCAUCC